AUGAGUAACGCUGUAUUUAUUGACGAUUGGAAUAGUAUAAUACCGUUCAAAAUCAAAGCAAUAGAUUUGGAAAAACCUACCGAACAGUUUGUAUACAAAGCGAUUCUUAAUUUUUUCAAGCUCUUGCACUACGAUGUUUCCAGCUACGAAAAUAUGUACAACGAAUCGAUCGAAACACUUACGGCAAAACGGGUGGAACUGGUAGCCAGAAUAAACUACAUCUACCAGCUAUGCUCAGAUUCUAAGCAAACUUCAUUCUUUUACAUUGACCUCGUAAAACCAACGGGUAAGAAAAUUGUACAUCUUUUAAAAAUACUCCUAAACUACCUGUUCUACAUAAACAUGGUCAAAGAGACUGUGCUGGAAAAGGCUAAAAGCUGUGUCGAAAAUUAUUACGAGCUAAAUACCCAACUAAACCAGGAACAAAUAACGAAGGAAGAAAACAAAAUUCGAGCAAACAAUAUCAAUCGUCAUAUCGAUGACUUCAAAAAUCAGCUUCCCCAAUUGAAGCAACAUAUUGAAGCACUUGAGCAACGCAAACAUGCACUGCAGGAAAAUAUCGCCACAUUGAAAACGAACGACCAGGACCUGGCAGAUAGAAUUAUAAAGCUUAAAAUUGAACAUUCGGAACUAACCGACCAUAUAGUAGCAGACGAGGAGGCCAUCGCUAUGCGAGAUAUACAAAGCUCGCUGGAAAAGGAAAUUGAAGCCCUUGUCGAUACGGAAAAGCAACUACAGAAAACGUACGAAAUCCAUGUUGCGUCUAUCAAUGAAAUCCGACCGUGUAAUGCGUUGCUGGAGAAGAUGCUACAAUUAGAAUUCGAUGAUUCAUGCAAAAAUUUACGAAACGAACUAGCUGAGCUGAAUGCUUUGUACGAAAAGUUACGAAAACAACAGAACAAUUUGAUGAACAUUUCGGACAACUUAGAGAAAAGCUGCAAGGACAUCGAUGCUAUUAUUGAAGAGAAAACUCAAGAACUGGAUGUACGCAGAAAAGUGUUAGCAAAAAGUGACAGAAAAACCGAUAAUAAACAUCUGGAGAAGGACAAACAUCUAAAAGCAUUGCAGGAAACUAAUACAAUAUUGGAACAAAUACUGGCAAUUCAAAGACUCGAAGUGCAGAGGAUCAUUGAUGCAACUAGUAAAUCUCUAGAGAUUAUGAAGCACAAUCUGCUGCAAUAA